GGCGAGCUCAACCUCAUCUUUCUUCCCACUCUCUUUUCCGCACUGUUCCAUAUCCAGGAAGUGUAAGAAGAAUUCCAAUUUUGUUAUUUCAGAUGGUAAAAUUCGGAAUCCUUCACUAGCUUGUUCUGCUUCCAAGAAGAAAUUAGGUUUCAUGGACCAAAUUCUUGAUUAUAUUGAAGGGGGUCCAAAGUUAAGGAAAUGGUAUGGGGCACCAGACACCCUCUCGAAAGAUAGACCUCUGGACAUGGAGGGUGAAGCUUCAGAUGAAGAUCAAGUUAGGGAUGCAGUUUUGGUAACGGAUGGGGAUAAUGAGAUUGGUCAGAUGAUUAUAUUGUCAUUGAUAGUCAAAAGAACUCGGGUCAAAGUGCUAGUUAAGGAUAAGAAGGCUGCUAGGGAGGCAUUUGGCACUUAUGUUGAGCCAAUUGUUGGAGAUGUGAAGAACCAGUCAUGUUUAAAGACAGCUCUCAAGGGUGUUCGUGCAGUUAUAUUCUCAAGUGAGGGGUCCGCAUCUAACAUUCAGAGCUGGAAUGGGUUGCAACAUGUCAUCCUAUUGUCACAGGGUUGCAGUUAUAUGCUUAUAGAGGUGCUAGUGGUAUUCAAGCAUUGAUGAUUAGCAACGCAAGAAAACUAGCAGAGCAAGAUGAAAGGGCUGUUCUGGCAUCAGGAAUCCCUUGCACCAUAAUUAGAACCGGCUCAUUGACUAAUGUUCCUGGUGGACAGCAAGGUUUCAGCUUUGAAGAGGGGAGUGCAGGGCUUGGAAAACUAAGCAAGGAAGAUGCUGCCUUCUUAUGUGUGGAGGCUCUGGAUGCAGUACCACAAACCGGACUGGUAUUUGAGGUUGUAAAUGGAAAAGAGAAGGUUUUGGAUUGGAGGAAGUGUUUUGCAGGCCUAAUGAAAAAAUCAUUGAAGCCGACAUUGUGAUUACUGGACAAAGAAUUACUUCUCGUAGUGAAUGACAAAGUUAUGGCAUGUUAAUUCAAUAUAUGCAAAGCUGUACUUUGAGUGCAUAGUAUGAAUGAACUGAUUUUUUAAAAACUGCAUUUUAUUUGAAAGGAAUAUAAUUUGGCAACGUACAAUUUAGAUUUGACACAUGUUCUUGUUGUAAUCAUUGUGUUAUAUUAUACGAGUACUCCGUAGUCCGUAUUAUUUAACUGAAAAACGUAAGAAGUAUGUAUUUAAUUU